AUGGCUUCUCCGGAAGCCGAUUCCCGGCUAGGCCAAGUCGUAAUCCCUGCGCUCGAGAAGAUCAUUAAGAAUGGCUCGUGGCGCAAGCACUCGAAGCUCGCUCACGAGUGCAAAUCAGUUAUUGAAUUCCUUACUGCCUCCACCCCUAUCCCUGUCUCGCCUACUUCCCCGUCCAAUCAAUCCGAUCCUGACGCCUCUACGCCUCCUGGCGUCCUACUGGAGCUCUCGUUCGCGGAUUCCGAGCUUAUCCUCAGUCCGCUCAUCAACGCGACUGCCACCGGUCAUCUCAAGAUCGUUGAGCCGGCUCUUGACGCCGUCCAGAGACUCAUCGCGCAUGCUUACCUACGCGGAGAGGCUGACCCUACCGCUGGCCCGGAUGGCAAGCUUCUAGCGAAACUCAUCGAGUCUGUUUGCAAAUGUCAUGAUCUUGGCGACGAAUCCGUGGAAUUGCUCGUUAUAAAAUCGCUUUUAUCGGCUGUCACGUCCCUCUCGCUCCGAAUCCACGGGGAUUCUCUAUUGCAGGUUGUGCGAACGUGCUAUGAUUUAUACUUAGGAAGCAAAAAUGUGGUGAAUCAGACUACUGCCAAGGCCUCACUGGUCCAAAUGCUGGUAAUUGUGUUCAGGAGAAUGGAGGCAGAUUCGUCUACUGUACCAGUGCAGCCUAUUGUGGUGGCAGAGAUGAUGGAACCUCCGGAGAAGAAUGAUGGAGAUGCGUCAAUGACAAUGUUUGUUCAGGGAUUUAUUACUAAAAUUAUGUAUGAUAUUGAUGGAGUUUUGAAUCCGGCUACUCCAAAGGGUUCAACCAAUACUAUGGGAGCUCAUGAUGGUGCAUUUGAAACUACUACCUCCACUGUGGAGUCGACUAACCCUGCUGAUUUGUUGGACUCAACAGACAAGGAUAUGCUGGAUGCCAAGUACUGGGAGAUCAGUAUGUAUAAGACAGCUUUGGAGGGGCGGAAAGAGGAGCUGGUGGAUGGUGAGGGAGAGAGGGAUGAAGAUUUUGAAGUUCAAAUCGGGAAUAAGUUGAGACGAGAUGCAUUCCUGGUGUUUAGAGCAUUGUGUAAACUCUCCAUGAAGACGCCACCUAAGGAGGCAAUGGCAGAUCCACAGUUGAUGAAGGGGAAGAUUGUGGCAUUGGAAUUGCUCAAAAUAUUAUUGGAGAAUGCAGGUGCAGUUUUCAGGACAAGUGAUAGAUUCUUAGGUGCUAUUAAGCAGUAUUUGUGUUUGUCACUACUGAAGAACAGUGCUUCAAGCCUUAUGAUUGUUUUCCAGCUUUCUUGCUCAAUUUUUAUGAGUCUGGUUUCAAGAUUUAGAGCUGGACUGAAGGCAGAAAUUGGAGUCUUUUUCCCCAUGAUUGUCCUUAGAGUGUUGGAAAAUGUUUCUCAACCAAGUUUUCAUCAGAAAAUGAUAGUACUUCGGUUUCUUGAGAAGCUUUGCGUAGACUCACAAAUUUUGGUAGAUAUAUUCCUUAACUAUGACUGUGAUGUCAAUUCUUCAAACAUAUUUGAGAGAAUGGUCAAUGGACUUCUUAAAACUGCUCAGGGUGUCCCACCUGGUACUGCAACAACAUUGUUGCCCCCACAAGAAGCAAUAAUGAAGAUGGAAGCUAUGAAAUGUUUAGUGGCCAUCUUGAAGUCUAUGGGAGAUUGGAUGAACAAGCAAUUGCGAAUACCAGAUCCUCUUUCAGCUAAGAAAAAUGAGCCAGCUGAAAAUGAUUCUGAACCUGGUAGCCCUCCUAUGGCCAAUGGAAGCAUGGACGAGGCUGCUGAAGCGUCAGAUUCUUUUUCUGAAGCCUCCAGUGAUGUUUCUGAUGCUGCAGUAAUUGAGCAGCGUCGUGCUUACAAGCUUGAGCUUCAGGAAGGCAUAUCGCUUUUUAAUCGUAAACCAAAGAAAGGAAUUGAAUUCCUGAUAAAAGCCAAUAAAGUGGGGGACUCAGCUGAAGAGAUAGCUACUUUCCUUAAAAAUGCAUCUGGGUUGAAUAAGACCUUGAUUGGUGAUUAUCUGGGGGAGAGGGAGGACUUACCUCUGAAAGUAAUGCAUGCCUAUGUGGAGUCCUUUGACUUCCAAAGUAUGGAGUUUGAUGAGGCAAUCAGGGCUUUCCUACAGGGGUUCAGGCUGCCGGGUGAGGCACAGAAGAUAGACCGCAUUAUGGAAAAGUUUGCUGAGCGUUAUUGCAAAUGUAAUCCAAAGGCUUUUACCAGUGCAGACACGGCUUAUGUUCUAGCUUACUCUGUUAUACUGCUUAAUACUGAUGCUCAUAAUGCUAUGGUCAAGACCAAGAUGUCAGCUGAUGAUUUCAUAAGGAACAAUCGUGGGAUUGAUGAUGGAAAAGAUUUGCCAGAGGAGUAUUUGAGAUCUUUGUAUGAGCGAAUAUCAAGAAAUGAGAUUAAAAUGAAGGAAGAUGAUUUGGCUGCCCAACAGAGACAAUCAGUGAAUUCCAACAGAAUCUUAGGCUUAGAUAACAUCCUGAACAUUGUGAUUCGCAAGCGAGAAGGAAAUGUGGAAACCAGUGAUGACCUUGUUAGACAAAUGCAGGAGCAAUUUAAAGAAAAAGCUCGAAAAUCAGAGUCGGCUUAUUAUGCUGCAACAGAUGUAGUGAUCCUCAGAUUCAUGAUUGAAGUGUGCUGGGCUCCAAUGUUGGCCGCUUUCAGUGUUCCUCUUGAUCAGAGUGAUGAUGAAAUUGUAAUAUCUCAGUGUUUGGAAGGCUUUCGUUGUGCAAUCCAUGUCACUGCAGCUAUGUCCAUGAAAACUCAUCGAGAUGCUUUUGUGACAUCCCUCGCAAAAUUCACUUCUCUUCACUCACCUGCAGAUAUAAAACAGAAAAACAUUGAUGCCAUCAAGGCUAUACUAUCAAUUGCGGAUGAGGAUGGAAAUCACUUACAGGAGGCCUGGGAACACAUCUUGACCUGUGUUUCUCGGUUUGAGCAUUUGCAUCUCUUAGGGGAGGGUGCACCUCCAGAUGCCACUUUCUUUGCACUUCCUCAGAAUGAAUUUGACAAGUCAAAACAAGCCAAAUCAAAUGUUCUUCCUGUUUUGAAAAAGAAGGGACCUGGGAGGAUUCAAAAUGCAGCUUCUGCUGUGAGAAGGGGAUCUUAUGAUAGUGCUGGUGUGAGUGGCAGUGCUGCUUCUGGGCUUACAACAGAACAGAUGAACAAUCUUGUCACCAACUUAAACAUGUUGGAACAAGUUGGUGAAAUGAGCCACAUAUUCAUAAGGAGUCAAAGAUUGAACAGUGAGGCGAUAGUUGACUUUGUCAAGGCUUUGUGUAAGGUUUCUAUGGAAGAAUUGCGGUCCACAUCAGAUCCUAGGGUUUUCAGCCUCACAAAAAUAGUUGAGAUAGCGCACUACAACAUGAAUCGCAUCAGGCUUGUUUGGUCAAAAAUCUGGCUUGUACUCUCUGAUUUCUUUGUGACCAUUGGCUGUUCUGAAAAUCUUUCGAUUGCCAUAUUUGCAAUGGAUUCCUUACGCCAGUUGUCAAUGAAAUUCUUGGAACGAGAGGAACUGGCUAAUUAUAAUUUUCAGAAUGAAUUUAUGAAGCCAUUUGUGAUUGUUAUGCGUAAGAGCAAUGCCGUUGAAAUCAGAGAAUUAAUAAUCAGAUGUGUUUCGCAGAUGAUUCUGUCUCGUGUUAACAAUGUGAAGUCGGGAUGGAAGAGCAUGUUCAUGGUCUUUACUACAGCUGCUUAUGAUGAGCAUAAAAACAUUGUGCUGCUGGCUUUUGAAAUAACAGAAAAGAUUGUGCGAGAUUAUUUCCCAUACAUUACUGAGACUGAGACCACAACUUUCACAGAUUGUGUUAAUUGUCUUAUUGCAUUCACCAACAGUAGGUUCAACAAGGACAUUAGUCUUAAUGCCAUUGCAUUCCUACGAUUCUGUGCGGCUAAACUUGCCGAAGGAGAACUUGGCUCUUCAAGGAACAAGGACAAAGAAAUUUCUGGAAAAAUCUCGCCAACACCACUGAAGGGAAAAGAUAAAAAGAAUGAAAAUGGGGAUUUGACAGACAAGGAUGAUCAUCUUUAUUUCUGGUUUCCUUUGUUGGCUGGAUUGUCUGAGCUUAGCUUUGACCCAAGGCCUGAAAUUAGAAAGAGUGCUCUUCAAGUGCUCUUUGACACCUUGCGCAAUUAUGGUCAUCAUUUCUCUCUACCAUUGUGGGAAAGAGUUUUUGAAUCUGUCCUAUUUCCAAUCUUUGAUUACGUACGACAUGCUAUUGAUCCUUCUGGUGACAACCCACCGGGGCAUGAACUUGAUGGUGAGGAGGGUGGGCUUGAUCAAGAUGCAUGGCUUUAUGAGACAUGCACUCUGGCUCUGCAACUGGUUGUGGACCUUUUUGUUAAAUUUUACAGCACAGUCAAUCCACUUCUGCGGAAAGUACUGAUGUUAUUGGUGAAUUUCAUCAAACGCCCACACCAGAGCCUGGCCGGGAUAGGCAUUGCUGCUUUUGUCCGUCUGAUGAGCAAUGCUGGGAAUCUUUUUUCUGAAGACAAGUGGCUUGAAGUAGUCUCAUCUCUUAAAGAAGCAGCUCUUGCAACACUUCCUGAUUUCUCAUUUGUUCUUGAUGAAAGUAACAAUAUGUUGAGUGAGGAAGAUAUGAAUAGAAGGGACACUGGAGAAUCUGCUGGGACAGAUGCACCUGAUGUUGAUAUGGAAAACCUGAGGCAGCAUCGACUAUACAAUGCUAUUUCUGAUGUCAAGUGUAGAGCAGCUGUUCAGCUUUUAUUAAUUCAGGCAUUUAUGGAGAUCUACAACAUGUAUAGAUUGCAGCUUUCUGCCAAAAAUGUUAUCAUUCUCUUUGAUGCUGUGCAUGCUGUGGCUUUUCAUGCGCAUAAGAUAAACACUGAUGUCACUUUGCGGUCAAGGCUACAAGAACUCAGUUCCAUUAUCCAAAUGCAAGACCCCCCAUUGCUACGCCUCGAGAACGAGUCUUAUCAAAUUUGCCUAACGUUCUUACAGAAUCUUACAGUUGAUAGACCUCCUAGUUUUGAAGAGUCUGGAGUGGAGUCUCACCUUGUCAACCUGUGCAGGGAGGUCCUACUAUUCUACAUUGAAAUUGCACAAUCUGGACAAAUGUCCCAGUCUUCUGUUGGUGGACAAGCUCAUUGGUUGAUUCCUUUAGGUUCUGGAAAACGUAGAGAGUUGGCUGCACGGGCGCCUCUCGUUGUCGGCAGUCUACAUGCUAUAUGUAGUUUGGGUGACACAUCAUUCGAGAAGAGCCUGCCUGGCUUCUUCCCAUUACUUUCAAGUUUGAUCAGUUGUGAACACGGGUCAAAUGAGGUGCAGGCAGCCCUGAGUGACAUGUUGAGCUCGUCGGUUGGUCCAGUCUUGCUUAGGGCAUGCUGAACUGACCUACACGGGCCUUUCGGAGAUACAUGAAAAUUUUUGAUUGUUUCUGAGCAAUUUUAAAUCAUCAUCAAUUUCUAAUAAUCGUUACUCCGUAUUGUUGGAAAUAUAUAUAGUUUUUACAGUGUCGUCUCAGGAUUUGCAGCUGGUAUUGUGUAGUUAAAUUUGUGAGCUUUGUGUUAGCUGCUUUGUAGAAUCAGUAGAUGUGACUAUAGCUUUCAAUACAUGGUGUAGCAUUUCUUGUUAAUGGAGACAGACUGUUUCUUGUCAA